ACUCCAGCCUAUGGGAAGGAGACUGACAUCACGCGCCAAUCGGCAUGGCUCUUAGAGAGAGCGGCUCACUUUUUGAAUUGGCUGUGGCGGCCACCGGCGAGGAAUGGCGGUACCUGUGAGAGGAGUCGGACUUUGAAGAGCUGGAACUCCCAGGGCUUCUUUUUUUGAGAGUGUCAACAGAGAGAUUGAAACAAUGGCUGAAAAUAGUUUAUCAUCAUGCACUGGGAGGACUAGCUUGGCAGAGUCAUCCAUUUUUGAUUCUAAAGGUACUGAAACUUCCAAGGAAAACUUAUGUAUUGGAUCUGCUUCAUAUGUUGAAGAAGAAAUGCCUCAGAUUGAAACGAGAGUGAUAUUGGUCCAAGAAGCUGGAAAACAAGAAGAACUUAUAAAAGCCUUAAAGACCAUUAAAAUAAUGGAAGUCCCUGUUAUAAAGAUAAAAGAAAGUUGUCCUGGAAAAUCGGAUGAAAAAUUAAUAAAAAGUAUUGUUAAUAUGGAAAUUAAAGUACACUUUGUAAAGAUGGAAUCAAUGGAAGAAUUUGAAGGCUUGGAUUCUCCGGAAUUUGAAAAUGUAUUCAUAGUCAUGGACUUCCAGGAUUCUGUCUUUAAUGACUUGUACAAGGCUGAUUGUAGAGUUAUUGGACCACCAGUUGUAUUACACUGUUCACAAAAAGGAGAGCCUUUGCCAUUUUCAUGUCGGCCAUUGUAUUGUACAAGUAUGAUGAAUCUAGUACUGUGCUUUACUGGAUUCCGAAAGAAAGAAGAACUAGUCAGAUUGGUGACAUUGGUCCAUCACAUGGGUGGAGUAAUUCGAAAAGACUUCAAUUCAAAAGUUACACAUUUGGUGGCAAAUUGUACACAAGGGGAAAAAUUUAGGGUUGCUGUGAGCCUGGGUACUCCAAUUAUGAAGCCAGAAUGGAUUUAUAAGGCUUGGGAAAGGCGGAAUGAACAGGAUUUUUGUGCAGCAGUUGAUGACUUUAGAAAUGAAUUUAAAGUUCCUCCAUUUCAAGAUUGUGUUUUAAGUUUCCUGGGAUUUUCAGAUGAAGAGAAAACCAAUAUGGAAGAAAUGACUAAAAUGCAAGGAGGUAACUGUUUAUCAGUUGGAGAUGAAAGAUGCACUCACCUUAUUGUUGAAGAGAAUAUAGUAAAAGAACUUCCAUUUGAACCUUCGAAGAAACUUUAUGUUGUUAAGCAAGAGUGGUUCUGGGGAAGCAUUCAAAUGGAUGCCCGAGCUGGAGAAACUAUGUAUUUAUAUGAAAAGGCUAAUACUCCUGAGCUCAAGAAAUCAGUGUCACUGCUUUCUCUAAAUACCCCAAACAGCACUCGCAAAAGACGUCGUUUAAAAGAGACACUUGCGCAGCUUUCAAGAGAGACAGACAUGUCACCUUUCCCUCCCCGUAAGCGCCCGUCAGCUGAACAUUCCCUUUCUAUUGGAUCACUCCUAGAUAUCUCCAACACACCAGAGUCUAGCAUUAACUAUGGAGAAACACCAAAGUCUUGUAACAAGUCUUCUAAAAAUUCCACUCCAGUUCCUUCAAAGCAGUCAGCCAGGUGGCAAGUUGCAAAAGAGCUCUAUCAAACUGAAAGUAACUAUGUAAAUAUACUGGCAACAAUUAUUCAGUUAUUUCAGGUACCAUUGGAAGAGGAAGGACAACGUGGUGGGCCUAUCCUUGCACCAGAAGAGAUUAAGACUAUUUUUGGGAGCAUCCCAGAUAUCUUUGAUGUACAUACUAAGAUAAAGGAUGACCUUGAAGACCUCAUGGUUAAUUGGGAUGAAAGCAAAAGCAUUGGUGACAUUUUUCUUAAAUAUUCAAAAGAUUUGAUAAAAACCUACCCUCCCUUUGUAAACUUUUUUGAAAUGAGCAAGGAAACAAUUAUUAAAUGUGAAAAACAGAAACCAAGAUUUCAUGCUUUUCUCAAGAUAAACCAAGCUAAACCAGAAUGUGGACGGCAAAGCCUUGUUGAACUUCUUAUCCGACCAGUACAGAGGUUACCCAGUGUUGCAUUACUUUUAAAUGAUCUUAAGAAACAUACAGCUGAUGAAAACCCUGACAAAAGCACUUUAGAAAAAGCUAUUGGAUCACUAAAGGAAGUAAUGACGCAUAUUAAUGAGGAUAAGAGAAAAACAGAAGCUCAAAAGCAAAUUUUUGAUGUUGUUUAUGAAGUAGAUGGAUGCCCGGCUAACCUUUUAUCUUCUCACCGAAGCUUAGUACAACGAAUUGAAACAGUUUCUCUAGGUGAGCACCCCUGUGACAGAGGAGAACAAGUAACUCUCUUCCUUUUCAAUGACUGCCUAGAGAUAGCAAGAAAACGGCACAAAGUUAUUGGCACUUUUAGAAGUCCUCAUGGCCAUACACGACCCCCAGCCUCUCUUAAGCAUAUUCAUCUAAUGCCUCUUUCUCAGAUUAAGAAGGUGCUGGACAUAAGAGAGACAGAAGAUUGUCAUAAUGCUUUUGCCUUGCUUGUGAGGCCACCAACAGAGCAGGCAAACGUGCUGCUCAGUUUCCAGAUGACAGCAGAUGAACUUCCAAAAGAAAACUGGCUGAAGAUGCUAUGUCGACACAUAGCCAACACCAUUUGUAAAGCUGAUGCUGAGAAUCUUAUUUACACUGCUGAUCCAGAAACCUUUGAAGUAAAUACAAAAGAUAUGGACAGUACAUUGAGUAGAGCAUCUAGAGCAAUAAAAAAAACUUCAAAAAAGGUUACAAGAGCAUUCUCUUUCUCCAAAACCCCAAAAAGAGCUCUACGAAGGGCUCUUAUGACGUCCCAUAGCUCAAUGGAGGGAAGAAGCCCUUCUAGCAAUGACAAACAUGUAAUGAGUCGUCUGUCUAGCACAUCAUCAUUAGCAGGUAUCCCAUCUCCCUCCCUCGUCAGCCUUCCUUCCUUCUUUGAAAGGAGAAGUCAUACUUUAAGUAGAUCUACAACGCAUUUGAUAUGAAGCCUUAAAAAAAUCUUAAAUUACAGAAACGUAUAAACAUCUCAUACCCAAAUAACAAACUGACUUAAAUGGUACUUGUAAGUAGCACUUGCUGAAAGCUAGAAAGAAGAUAAAUAACACUAAACUAUGCUAUUUGAUUUUCUUCUUGAAAGAGUAAGAUUUACCUCUUUUUUCAAGUUAAUUCAUGUAAAAAUUAUAUUGAUUUUGAUGUAAUUUAUCUCUUUGUUCAAAUCCCUUAUUUGAAGACCAAUAAUUUAACUUAUUCAUAAUAUCAGUAGAUUUGCAACCCUGAUACAGCAAAUAAAUUUUUUUGGUGGGUGCCAAAUACUGCUGUGAGUCUAUUUGUAUAGUGUCUGGAAAUGAAUUUAUGGAAAUAGAUAUUGCUGUGUCUCAAUUUCUGCAAAGAUUAAAUGAUAUUGCAGUACUUACUGGAUUUAAAAAACUUGCAUAGAUUCCUGAUUAAAUAGUGGGGUCUUUUUUCACAUGUGCUGUUUGAAGUAUUUAACUGUUCCUUUUGCAGUUUAUUUUUUUCUCAAGUCUUUUCAAGAUCUGGCAUGUGGAUUUUGAAAGAUUUACGCUUAUUAAUAAGAAUAGCAUUUAAAGGAGAUUGUUUCAAAAUAUUUUUGCAAAUUGAGAUAAGGACAGAAAGAUUUAAAAACAUUGUAUAUUUUGCAAAAACAAGAUUGGUAUAUAUUUGUAGCAGUUUCAGAGACAGUUCUGGGUUUUUUUUGGUGAUUUUAGCCACUAGCAAAUCUUGAUUUAGUUUAAUAGUGUAUGGAAUUUUAUUUCAAAUGAUAAGACCAUGGGAAAGUUGUGGUAAAGAAUGUUUAUACCUUUUAUGAAACAAUUCUAAAGUUGCUAUCAGUUUUACAAAUCUGCUGUAAAAUGCUUAGAUAUAUGUAUGGUCAACUUUUUAUUGUGGUCUUAUGUAAAGUUGAAAAUUUAUUUGCUAUUGUAAAAUACAUUUCAGAGCUUGAUGUUAUCUUUCACAAUAGCCUUUUUAUAUAGUCAGUAAUUCAAAAUAAUCAAGUUCUUAUGAAUAAAUGCAUUUUUAUUUCCUAAUUGUUUAGGGAGUACUACCAAAUUUAAUUGUCACUUAAUUUUCAAUUAUCUGUUUAAUAGUUUAACUGACUAUAGAUUUUUUCUAUGCCACAUAUUUUCCACUUCUGAGAAUAGUAUAUGACCCUUUGCUAUAUUUUAAAAGCAGUUGUGUUAGUAAGAACUUUGUAAAUAAAAUACUUAAAACCUAAGUAUA